UUAAUCUAAUACGUUUAUCUAUGUAUAGUAUAUGUACGCAUAAUAAAGUUAUCUCCCUUGGAUGCAGACGCUCUUUCUGGACAUCUGCCAAGGUUUAUUAGAUCUAUGUGUGCUGGGUAUAACCUGUAAUGGCGAGUGGGCAGGGAAGUAAUGCUCGAAUUGUUUUACAGCAAUGUUUAUCCGCUCGUUUACAAGUACAGCCUGCCACUGAGGACACUGAAGCAAAAUAUGUUGAGACUGGAAAAGGACUUGUCAUGUAUGUGUGUUUUCUGAAAGGAGCCACAGCUGAUAUCCUUGAUAAAAUGGUGAAGUGUGCGCUGUCGGCCAAGUUAAGUGAGUCUGCUGCAGGGAAACGUGUUUCUAUAUUAGACCUCCCUGGGAACAUCCUCAUCAUUCCACAGGCAACACUUGGUGGAGCACUGAAGGGCAAGAGAAUGCAGUAUCACAAAAACAUUGAUAAAGAGGAAGGCGCAUCCUUGUACGCAGACUUCGUAUCUCUGUGUCGAACUACCUUACAGGAGGCUGAAGGUUCCAGAGAAGCUGGAUGUGUUGUCCAAGCCGGUACUUAUGGGAACAGACAGGUCUUUUCAUGUGAUACCAAUGGGCCAUAUACACAUUUACUGGAGUUUUGACAAUCAUUGCCUGACAGGUUUAAGAUUUACAGAAACCUUGUUGGUCUUUUUUUAUGGAAAGUAAAUAAACUGUUGAAUAAGAUAUUAUUCAUUACUGUUCCUAUUUUCAAACAAAUACCAACAUUAUUACUUCUAUUCUUGAUGAUCACGUCAAGUAUGCAGAUGUAAGCUUUAAAUAUCUAAUCAGUAAUGAUCAAUCAAGUCAGGUUGAGCUUUAGUAUAUGGGAGAUAACUCUUGACACCUAAGAUAAAUGGCACCAUUGAAACAUG